AUGGGCAUCCAACUGCGCAAGCUAAUGCGCUCUCGCGUGAUUGUGGUGUUUGGUGCUACCAGUCGCAUCGGACGCUCGGCGAUGGAAGACCCGCGUGUCCUGCGGCUCAAGCAUGCGACCAACUGCUAUCUCGUGCAGUGCAACUUCGCUCAGGGCGGGGAGGACUCGUUGCGUCGCGCCGUGAGGAAUGCGGACGCUGUGCUUCUCGUCCCGGCGCUUUCAGAGAGUGGGGUGCGAUUUUCGAGGCGCGUCGUUGACGCGGUAGCGGCCGAGCAAGUCUCAAGGCUCGUCGUGAUCAGCAGCAUUCUGGCCGCCCCCGAGCUGCUGGCUCGUUGUCGUCAAGAACACGCGAAGGAGCGACCGCCGACCGAAGCUGUUGGUGCGACGCCCACUGAAGUCGCCGCCUUGGAAGGGUACGAGGCUGUGGAGGUUCAUGCUCGAGCCAAACUCCCCGAGCAAGGCCGUUGUGUGUCGCUGCGGAUCCCUCUUCUGAUGGAGACGCUGCUUUACUGUCGCGACGAGCUUCUGUUCGCCAACCGGUUUAUCGGUUGCUUCGGACUGGACACGCACGUGCCCUGCAUCUCCGUUCGAGACGUGGGGUAUGCGGCCGCGGAGGUGCUGGCGAACCCGAAGCGCAAGUACGAAACGGAGUACCGACUGACAGGAGGAACCGGUGCGAGCUGCUCGCCGAAUGAGGUGGCGCAUUACCUGACGGGAUUGCUCGGACGCGAGAUCAAGUACCGCAAGUUGAGCGACGCCGACUUCCUUCGAGUCAUGAAGGAAAAGCACACGCCCGAGCAAGUAGCGCAAGGCACGCCCCACUCGCUGCAUUUGCCCGAUGCAUUCCGCAGCACGAGCAACUUUCGGCUGCUCACGAAGCGCGAGCGAAUGUCUCCGCGCCAGUGGCUGCAGCGUUACGUCACUUUGCUGUUCGGGAAGAACCCGCAGAACCAAGUGCAGUUGUUCGUUGUGGGCUCGGGCGAGGCGCUGUUCCUCGAGGUGAGCAAGUUUGUGGCGAGCCAGAUCACGGCACCCACUGCAAUUCCACCGAGUGAGGUCGGCGAGAGCGCCAUUCCGACUGUUCUUCCGGGCCACCAUCACCGUCGAGGCGUGGACGGAGGUCUCCAGCAGGCCAAAGUCACGCUGUGCACCGUCAAGGCGGCCCCGGGUAGUUCUGGACGAACCAGAGCGUCUGGAGUCCCGCUGCCACCAACCGUCUACCAACUCGAAGGCGCGCCGCCGUCUCCGAUGGCCGACUUGCUGAAGCAGCUCUCGUCGCUGGACGUGGUGCUGCUCAUUCCGCCGCUCCGACUGGGAGGAAGAGCCUGUCUUGACGUGGUGCGGGCCGUUGUCCACGCCGCAGUGCGCGCGAAUGCCUGGGGCGUGGUGCUUGUGAGUUCGAUCUUCGUUGGCUCGCCUACGACUCAGCAGAGCGCCAUCCUCGAGCAGCUGGAGGAGAUCGAGUCGUGCGUCAAGACCUCGGGGGUCUCGUACACCAUCCUUCGCCUGCCGCUCUUCCUGGAGUACUUUUUGGCGCUGUCGCACUGUGAGGAAGGCAGUGAAAGCCUUGGCAGCUUGGAAGAGGAGAAGCAAGAAGCGCCUCCCGCUGGAGAAUCGCCAGACUCGUUGACGUCUCCUCGGUCGCACAUCAUGUGGCCGCUCCUGGAGCCAUCCCUGGCAUCUGCGAGGGUGUACUUGAUGGCACUCGAGGACGCUGCCAAGGCGCUGGUCGCUGCCGCCUUCACCUUCCCCCUGCACCGCGGGAAGACCAAAGAGCUCUACACCGUGAGUGUGACCAUGAAAGAAGUGCAGCGAACCUUCCAGCGCCACGCCAACAAGGCUCGUCCCGUGCGUUUGAGCCGCGUGGAUGCACUCGGGGAACAGCCUGGCCGCGAGUUUUGGCGCGUUGCCUACUGGCCCCGUGCGCACACUCAGCAGUUUCUCGAGUGCGCCGUGGAGUUUGCGAAAGACGUGCAAAUUGCUGCCGAGACGUCUGCUGCUGUUGGUGGGACGCUCGACACCAGCGCCAUGGUUCUUCCUGUUUCGCAGAGUUUCGAGGACUUGACGGAUCUCGCGCCGCUCACACUGGACCAGUGGGCUGAGAUGAACUCCAAGCGCUACACGCAAGUGCUCGCUGCUCACAGACCGGACGACUAA